AUUUUUUAUUAUUAUUUAUUUAUUUAUUUAUUUAUUUAUCAAGAUGUUAAUGAUCAGGUUCCCCCUGAAGAGAACUCCACAUCUGGAAUUCGUGUCUACUCCUCAAUAUGUAGAAAAUGUUUUAAUUCCAGGGUGAGUUGUAGAAAGCUCGCAUGCUUGUGUCCAUCACAGAUGUUGGAUUUAUAACUUAAACACAUAAACGGUCACAGAUUUCCAGAAUCCUCUUUCACCACUGUAUUACUUGGGCCAAAGGUAAGCCCAUUUUUCUCUUCGAUGAGAUCUUUUGCAUUGAGAUCAUAUUUUUAAUUCAGAAUUUAACCCUAACCCUAACUCAUAUUUGCAACCCAAUGUCAAAUCCAUAAAUCCUGUCAAAGCUCCAAAUUACUGAUUGUUUUGUUGGAAUUGGACUUCAUGAAGUGCAGCAUUAGUUAGCAUUCAGUCCACACACACUCCACAUUUUGAACAAUUUCAUGUAUUCUUUUUCUUAUUACUCUUCUUUCUUUUAAAGAGGGGGCGGGGAGUGCUCUGCUGGUGCACGACUUAAAAACAAUGCUGGAGGUUUGUUUUCUUGGAUUGAUUUCCUUCACCUUUCUCAAAAAAUAGAAGAACACGGUUCUCAACCGGUAAGAUGAUUAGAGUGGAUCGUGUUCAGUGGAAGGAAGUAGCGUAAUGCUGAUAAAACAGGAGGCGUAUUUAAAGCCUGAGAACUGAGAAUGGGAAUGGUAUGGGUGUGGUUAUACUCUCGUGCAUUUAACCAGACCCCACGGUGCAGUCUUGCUCACAUCUCAGCUCCUCCAACAAAGCCACACCGAGCUCCGGCCCUUCGUUUCCUCAGAGGCAUGGUUUCUCAAGUGACCAACUCCCUUCUCAAGUGCCUGCUGAUUCUCAUCUGCCUUGUCUCAGUGAUACUGAAUAUCGUUUUGAUAUGCCUGAAUUCGAACAGGCUUCCAAAAUGCCACACGCAUUCGCAAGGAACGGUGGCGGCCGACCACACAGACCACAGCUUGAUAUUCGCCGACCUCACUCCCAAGGAGUACCAGAUGGUCCGCGAUUACAUGUGGGACCAGAAGGACUUGAGUAUUUCUCGCUCCGCCACCGCGAAAGUGUCGGAGAACUACAUCUUCUUGAUAGACCUCGUGCUUCCGAAAAAAGCAGAAGCGCUGAGAUACCUGGACAAUCAGGGACUCAAACCCGAACGCCAAGCCAGCGUUGUAGUGUUUUAUGGAGAGUUUAACUACCUCAAAGAGUAUGUCGUGGGACCUCUGCCAGGUCCCCUUAAGCAUCGGGAUGUCACGAUGGAGAAGUACAAGGUGGAGAGCUUGCCUUUCACGGCCCGACCUGUGACCAUUGGAGAGUAUGUGCAGCUUAUUGAUUUGGUCUAUGGCAAUGUCUUUAUGCAGCUGAAGACAGAACUGAAGGAGAGCUUCGGUUAUGACCCGAAAAGCCCGAACCUGAGCAUUUUCGAAGGGAUGCCCAGAGGAGUAAAAGCAGGCGAUCGAAAGACAUGGAUAUCAUUUUUUCGAGAUUUCAGUGGCAUGUAUAUCCAUCCGGUUGGCUUUGAAAUUUUAGUCUGUCAUGAAAGUAAAAACUCCUCGGACUGGAUGGUCGAAAAGCUCUUGUACAACGGCCAAUACUUCGACACCAUUGAGAGUUUUAAACAAACCUAUGCAGCUGGUGGUAUGCAAAAGAUUGUCUAUAAAGAGGUCUCUAACUUCGCCUCGCUGAAACCGAGAAGCGUACCUACGGGUCUGGGACCACAUCAGUAUUACCUCCAAGGCAAACGCUUCAGCGUGAAGAGCAACCAGGUCAUUUACAAGGACUGGAGGUUUGCAUUCGGUCUGAGCUCACUGACCGGCAUGCGAGUGUUCGACGUUCGCUUCAGAGGAGACAGAAUCAUCUACGAACUCAGCGUCCAGGAGGCCAUGUCCGUGUACGGCUCCAUAACUCCAGGGAUGAUGCUCACCAAAUUUCUGGACACAAGCAUUGGAAUCGGGCGCUUCGCUCACGAACUGGUGCGCGGCGUCGAUUGUCCGUACUCAGCCACUUACAUAGAUGUUUAUCGCUACAUCGACAUCAACGCCACGCAGCUUUACAGCAACGCCAUCUGCGUCUUUGAGCACGAUGUGGGACGCCCACUACGGCGUCACUUUUCAGAUUUCUUCCAGAACAGCUACGGCGGCUUGACCAACAGCGCCCUGUAUAUCCGCUCCAUCACAGCCAUUGGCAACUACGACUACAUCUGGGACUUCAUCUUCUACCAGAGCGGCACAGUGGAGGCCAGAGUUCACGCUACGGGUUAUAUAUCAUCCUCUUAUAAAAUGCCCGGCAGUCUCAAGUACGGCCACCAGGUCGCUGAAAACGUGUUGGGAAACAUCCAUACGCACUUCGUUAACUUCAAGGUGGAUCUGGAUAUUUUAGGUGUGAGGAACGUGUUCCAGACCAAAGACAUGGAGUAUGAGGAGGUGUCCUUGCCCUGGAUGACCGAACGUAAGGCCAAAAUCCCAAAACUGGUGGAGAAUCAGCUCAAGACCGAGCAGGAGGCGGCACUUCGACACAACUCUAAAAUUCCCCGUUACCUCCAUGUGGCCAGCAAUCAGACGAACCGGUGGGGCCACCAGCGCUCGUACAAGCUGCAGGUGAUGAGUUUGGCUGGAGAUCACCUACCAGAGAGUGAGCCGGAGGAGAGGAGCAUGUCCUGGGCACGAUACAAAGUUGCCAUAACGAAGCAUAAAGACUCAGAGCAGACCUGCAGCAGUCUGUACAGUCAGAAUAACAUAUGGGACCCUGUCGUCGACUUCAGCAAUUACAUCAAGGAUAAUGAGCACAUUGAGAACGAGGAUCUGGUUGCCUGGGUAACGGCGGGUUUCCUGCACAUCCCUCACGCCGAGGACAUCCCCAAUACGGUGACGGUGGGAAACGGAGGCGCCGUCCUCAUCCGCCCGCAUAAUUACUUCGACGAAGAUCCGUCCAUCGACUCGGUCGACGGCGUCUACUUCAACCCAGGAUCAGAAACAGACUGCGAGUACAACAAGAUGGCGUGUUUAGACAAACACAUGUGUAGCCCGACACUGGAGCCGUACACGUACCGCGGAUUCGAGGGCGUCAUGAAAUUUGACAAUUAGACAUGAAUUAAUAUAGAUGUUUUCUGUUCCUAAUUCAUUCCUCUCCUCACCAAUAUAGUAUAAUAUAGAGCAUUUUCACUCUUAGCGUUGUGUUAUGAUUGUACAGAAUUACUGUAUAUGUGGUACAUUUGUUAUCUUCUUUAUUUUUGUGAUAGCGAUAUGAAUGUCUAUAGAAAAAAAUUAUUUUCACUCAUUUUUUGAUUACCAUCGAAUGAGAUUCGACGAAAUUGCAGUUGCUCACAACUUCUACAGUUUUUUUUUCGUGAUGUCAAUCAAAUUUUUUAUUAUUGUUGUUAUUUUAUUACAGCAUGUCCCAAAAUUCCUCUUAAACCACAGCAACUUGUUUUUUAAACAAUUAAAAUAAAAUUUUAACAACA